AUGCCUUUCGUGCAACGGGUGGUGGAGCCAAAGUUUCUCUCACGAACAAGUUUGCGAGAUGAGAACGGGAAGCCAAGGGUCACGGAUGAAGAACUCCAAGCGGUGACCAACUGCACCUUGAGUAAUGCACUUCGGCAGCUAGCCUCUCUAGUUCUUCUAGCUGAAGACAUCUUCAGUGAACUCACGUCGCAGCUUGAAGGAAUAACUGAGAGGUCGAAAGUAGCGCGAACGAAGAUCGAAAAAAUUCAUGAGAUUGUCGAAAAAUAUGACCCUAAGAAAGUACCAGUCCCUGAGGGUAGCCUGUCUGAUUUUGCAGCGCGCAAAGUUCAUUUCACGGCUGUUAACCUCUUCAAAAAGGAACUGUUUACUCCAGAUACAAGGCCUACAAGCUUGCGAAACUUGUAUGAGAAAGCUACGACCGACCGCCUCUCCACUUCUCUUCUUGAUCAGCUUAGGAGAGACUCGCAACAUUCCCCGUAUCUCCUUUGUACGCCCGUCUUAAGUUCAAAGAGAAGAAAAAUAUAUCAAAAAGUAGAUGUUGACAUCGAAACUCACAUUCCGUCAGUAGUAGAGCACUUAAGAAAAUGGACUUCGAGAGAGGCUAUGGGAGAUGUUACGGCACUGCCAGACGCAUCUAUGCGCAUAGUGAGCAGCGUCACUCUAACGCCCGAUGAGCUCUCAGAUUGUGGCUCUGGAGACGACGAGCCCAUCGACCACCGACUACCUAGCCCGGAAGAACAGUUACGAAUUAUCGCCUCCAAAUUCCCGCCCGAAGUAGUGGCGAUAGACACGUCGGGCAAGUUCUUUGACAGAAUGUGCAGUUCACGGAAAUCUCUCCACGUAGACAUGGGCACCGGCGAAACGGACACGGUGAAGCGGCGGACUCGAACAAGAAAACCUCGGGGUAAAAGACGAAACACCAUUUCGGGCACUGAUCAGAAAGAGCUUAGAGAGGCUAUAGCUGGUGAUACACCAAAUGCUGUGGCUUCUGAAGAAAUUGAAGAUAGCACUGUCAUCCGAUCGCGAUCAAGUGACUUACUCAAGAAGAGUCCAACAGAUCCUUAUACUAAGAAAAGUCAUUUUAAUAGUUUGAAACAAUGGGGUAAAAGUAGGUUAAAAAUGAUUGGUAGAUCUCCUAGUGCAAGCAGGGACAAUUUUAAAGACUCCAAACUAGAGAAAACAAAAGAUAUUAAAAUAUCGACCAAAACUGAAGAAGAGGAAGUUCCAGAAAAAAUUACAUUGCGUAUAAAACGACCAGAUGAAGAACAACGACGCACAAACAUAAGAUGUGCCUCGUACUCAUCUUCAGAAAAGAGUAUCGGAGUACCAUCAAAUAUCCAAACUACCGCAACAGUUAACUGUGGAGUACGAUUAAGGGGGACUUCGACUCAGAGAAGAUCUAGAAGAUCCGGGAUCGGGAAAGAUGAACCUCAUUCAUCUAGUGGCAAUUGGUCAGCAAGUUCCGAAUCAGGAAGAACUAGCAUAGGUUCUGAAAUCACUACAACAACUGUGCCGCCGAAAAGCACAUCGGCCACAACAUCUAACAAUUCUCUUAACUACCAUAAUUAUCCACCCAGUUCUAUUAUAAGCAGAAGAAAAUUCCUUAACACUUCAGGUUCAGGAAGUGUUACAAGUGAAGGCACUCUAACACCGGAUAUUAUUCAUGAUUUACACGAGGACUUGGAAACAAGUUCUGAAUUUUCUUGUGAUACAGAGGGUUAUUAUACAUCUUUCCACAUGGAUUCGGGUCUCAAAACACUUAAAGAGGAGGAAAUAUCUCCGAGUACACCCUUACAUACAACAACUGCUCUUUCGAAUUCAUCUAAUAGUCAAAACUUAACAGCUGAAAAUGAAUAUGAACUAUUCGGUAAAGGAUCCACAAGUACAACUACAAGUUCUGCGGGAACUGUAUGUACCACACUUAUGGCUGCUGAUAGUGAUAAGUCUUUAAUUAUAGGACCAACCGUACCUGAGCGCAAGAGCUCAUUAACGAAAAUGAACCGUGGCCGAGUAAAUAAUAAUAUCAGCUCAAGUUUAGAACGAAGUACUAGUUCUUCGUUUUCAAAAUCUCCAUAUAGUACUUUAAGAUACAACACAGUGCGUUCGUACUCUGAAAAAGCAAUGUCUAACCAUACAACACCUGAUGCAUGUUCACAACCUCCUACAGUGACAAUUACUAAAAAUAUUGGAAUGCAUAGAGGAAUCACAGCCGUUGCGGAAGUUCAUACUGAAACAGAUCCUGACAGCACAAAAAAAAGCACUGGUACAAGUUCACCAGACUCUGGGCAUAAUACUUCUAGCUCACCGAUUGAAGAUUCUAUUUCAAGUGCACAAGGGAAAAAUAGCCUUUCUGAACAAGAUUAUUCUGAAUCGUCUGAUCUUGAAGGAACAGAUAGAAUAGAAAGAAUAAGAUACAAAACUACUAUUAACAGUUCUAGGAUUCCAUCAAUGUGUGUUAUUACGCCUACUAAUUCAGAUGAUGAAAGUGAAGGUAGUACAAAAAAUGCAGAUAAAAAUAGGAAACAUGAUAUGACCGAUAAAUGUAAUCGUGAGCUGUCAAAGUCAUCAAGCAGACCGAAAUUAGACCUACCCAAUGAAGAAAAGCAAAAAGACAUUCGAUCUGUUGAUGCAGGAAAACCGUUUAAAUCACAAAAUCAAACAAAAUCUUUACAUACUUUUAAUAAUUUUAUGUGCAAAUUAAAAGGAGUAUUGCCAACUAAACUAUCCAAUAAAAAGUCUCCGAUAUCUAAGGACGCUGAUGUUCUAGAAGAUUUUUACGAUUCCGGUGAUUACGUAACCAUAGCAGACGUUAAAAAUAACAAUCAAAAGGUUAGCUUAAAUCGAGUUUCAUAUGUUAAUAAUGAUAUUGUUAAAAAGAAUUUGCAAACCGUCUUGUCUGGAAAGUUGCCAGAAACGGAAUAUGUAUCGUUAAAUGAACUACCUAAUUGUUUAAAUGAAACUAAAGAUUAUUUGGAUCAUGGCUUAGAGGAAAAACAAACACAAGUAAUAAAUGAAAUACAAAAUAAAGGUGCAAAAGUAACUCUUGAUUCUCAAGGUCAAGUAAUCUACUCAUCAGAUACUUUAAAAAGGAGACACGGAGCUCACACCACAUUUGAACCAGGUCCAUUUGUUCAAGAAAUAUGUCCUACAACAACAAUUAUUCAAAGAGAAAGCGCAGAUAUAAUAAAAAUUAUUGACGAAACAGAUUUUCCAUAUCAACCACCACCUUCGUCUAGUAAACCAACUUCGCCACAAUUAGGAAAAAUGAUUAUAAAAGCGCCAGCAGACCCUCAUGGUGUGGUAACGAAGGAAUUCGUGACUUUACCUCCUCCUAAACCAAGCACAAUAAUUGCUGCCACGCCUGUAACGGCUACACGAGUUUUAGAUAAUAACAAAUUAAAUACAGAUAAUAGAAGCAGUAAGGAUUUACCGCGAGUAGUUGAGGCUAUAACAAGAACAGGUGCAUAUAUAAAUAUUCAUGACGCAGAGGGUGUCAGCUUAUCUCCAACGAAAGAUGAUACCGGAACGAACGAGAUUGCUUCCAAUGGUUACAAGUUUGUUAAGGUCAAGUUCUUCGAAGACUAUCGAAAACCUAACGCUGACAAACCUUUACCUAAGUAUCAAUUUCGAGAUCAAGAAAAUUCUCCUACGGUCGACUUAAAUCCUUUUUAUCCAACUAUACAUCGAUAUCACACUGCACAUCUCCGCGGCAGACAUGGGGUUGUCGAUUACGAAAAUGAAACUGAUCACGUUCAAAUGAAGUUUUGGACGUUACCAAAGAGCACAUCCACUGCUCAUGCAGAUAGAAUACACUUAAUAGAUCAAAAACCACUACAUAGUCCAAAAAAUGAAUCCCAAGUCUUAAAAGGCGAUAACCAAUCAACAAUCGCAACGCAAGCUGAAAAAAUAUCACCGAUAGAUCCUCGCACAUCGGCAACAUUUAAAUCAUCUACUCCAACGAAUAAAGAAAACGUAGUCAAUCUAAGCUCCAAACUACUUUCUCCAGUUAAAUCGACCAUGACAAACGAAGAACUUUAUGCAGUUAUACACAAAAGUAAAAAGAAACUUAACAUUAAAGAAACACGAGAAAGAGCUGAUUCUCCAGCAUUAAGUACCAUAAAUUUAUCACCAGUGAGUUCUGAAGCAUCCUCACUUCAUCAAAGCAAUCAACGUUAUCCAGAAACUGGUUAUUUAGAUGUUAAAAAUCGAUCUGGUACAACUUUAGAAAAACAAAGCGCGGGGCCAUUUUCUUUGGGCACUUAUAAUACACAAAGGCAAGAAACUUGUGCUGACAGGUAUGGACCGCGACAACAAACUUCUAGGUUAGAUUUUAAGAAAUUACUUUUACAACAUAGUGUCAAACUGAAUACACAUAAUAUACAAAAUAAGUCAAAUAAGUUAUCCGCCGUAGAACAACUUAAACUUUCAAAAGAAAAACCACAACUUCCUUCGACGCCGCCGGGAAACAGGUCACAAAUUAAUAUACUGGAUCUGAGCGGAUCCCCUAAGACUUAUAGCCAUAGAAAAAUGCUAAAAUCUUCAAAUCAACCGCUUUCACCAGGAAGGACAAGCAGUAUACUAAAGGAACACAAAAAUUCAUCCAAAAUUCUUUUAUCACCGAAAUCACAGUGGCGGUUUGCAAGUCCCAGAUCCGAUGUUCUUUCUACGCCUAUACCUGAAGCAAAUAAUGAAGAUGAGAAUUCGAAUAGUUCAGGAGAAAAAUCUGAAACGCCUCCUAUGAACCCACCGUCAAAAACAGUUCCUAUUAUAACUAAUCACCAUUUCGGGGCUAGAAGAUCUUUAAUACCGAUAAAUGAGCAUAAUUUAAAUGAAGAAUUUAACCUAAAUGUUUCUAUAAACCAAGGUGUUUUUCCCAUCGACAAUGAUUACUCGAAUUCGCAUACAUUAUCUAGAGCAGAAAUAAUGCAAGCAAAACGAGCGGAAUUCUUUAAAAUUUCUCCGGAGUCAUCUAUGCCCACGUUAUCAUCUUUCAAGAGUCCGAAUUCCGCUACGACUUCAAAAAGUGAUGCUUCUCCUGACAGGGAAAAAACGUCGCCUUCAACGUUGGAAACAGCCUUAUGAUACUAUAAGUGGCGGUAUUGAAGAGGUGCUUAAUGCGUUUGUUCAUUUGUAAAUAGAGGUAUGAAAUUGAAGAAGCUUUAAUCUAGUCUUGUCUUGCUUAGCGUGCCAUUAUGCUGGCAUUAUUAAUUGUUCAUUGUACAUCAUUGUACAUCCAGUGUUCAAUCUACUCAUUGAUUAUAUUUUUAUUUUAUAUCUUUUUUUAUUCUUUUCAACUGCUCUAAUGGGGCCAAUGUUAGUUUUUAAAAUUAAGAUAUUAUUGUAGACGUAGUUACAAAAUAUUUUAAGUAUUUAUUAUGUAAACAUUCUUUGUAAUUAUGAGUUUUGGGUUUUUAAGUUAUUAAAAAAUUUAAUUAAACGUUUUGAACAAUUUUAA